UGUAUCAAACUGUUGGAUAGCAAGAAUGGAGAUAGCGAUGCCUCACUGCUAGGCUCUUCCUCUUCUCAAUCUAUUAAGAGACAAAAUCAGUAAAUUGACAUAUAUUUCUCUGAACUAGCGCCUAUGGUUCUCUCAUUCAGGUGUUUAUGGAUCCUCAACAAUUAUGCGAUGUCGAAUGCUUUAUCAUCCUUGAGGAGAUUGUGGUGCAAUCUUAUAUUGUCCUUAUUUGUCUUUUUAUGGCUAUUUACAGCAUGUUCUUAAGAACACAAAGUAGAAAUAAACGGGUUAGAUAUUGCAUGAGUGCUAGAGUUCCUAAAAUCCUAUCUCAUCUAAAUAUUAUUAUCCGUGACAAUGAUACUGUAUGUAUUGAUAAGCUUAGGAUGGAUAGAAGUGCCUUUCACAUAUUAGCUACCUUAGCCAAGGACGUUGGAGGGUUGACGGAUAGUACAAAUAUGUCCGGUAGUGAAAAGUUAGCAAUGUUCUUAAAUAUUUUGGCUCAUCACGAGAAGAACAGGUCUAUCAAGGUUGAUUAUAUUAGAUCAGGGUGGAGUGUAAGUCAAGCCUUCAAUGAAUGUUUAAGAGCUAUUCUCAAACUAACUCCAUUGUUAAUUGUUAAACCUAAGCCGGUGCUCGAAGAUGAGACUGAUGACCGAUGGAGAUGGUUUAAGGGUUGUUUAGGUGCAUUGGAUGGUACUUACAUUCCCAUUCAGUUCACUUUUUGAAUAUAUUUUUGAAGAGCCAAUACAAGUCGAAGAGUUGGCUUUGAUGGGGGUGAAGUUGUACAGAUAUGCAACACACCUUUUUAUUUGAAGCUCAAAGAUGGUUGGCUCAAGAUUCUGUACAUAUAUGUUGGUGUUUGUCUGCAACUGUAAAACAAGUGUAUAGGCAUUGGUUCAAGUGCACGUCGAGACUGUGCUGAUUGGAGGUAGCAGAUUCCGGCGGAAUAGUUGAGGCAUGCGCAAGCUGGCCUUAACGCCACCAUUAUAAAACAAAUGCGCAUUGAGACUGGUUCCUGAUUAGUCCAUGUGCAAAUAUUGUUACUGUUAGAAUUUGCUAGUAUUAUGGUAUCAAGAAUUUCAGCAUUUUAUUAUCUAUAUAAAAAAGCAAUCUUUCAUUGCUUUGUACCUGCAAAAUGCUACUCCUAUUAUGAUGUGAAAUAACAUCAAGGUCUCUUGAG